AUGGAAAAGAAGUUGUUUGUUGGACUUGGAGCCCUAUGUCUAUGCCUUGUGAUACAAGUCACCAGAGGCGAAGAAGACAACCCUUUGAUAAACCCUUUUGCUGAUUACGAAUCGAUCCAUCCCAGCGAAUACUACAGCUCCGAUUUCGAGCUCAAAGACGGAACCAACGUGAUCUUCGAAGCCAUCAAUGAAAUGAAAGGGCUCAAGAAGCCAAAAGCAGGUUUCCAAUGCAGCAUUGGCAAACAACGCUGGUCUAGGUCUCUUCCGGGAGACGUGUUUUUCGAGAAGUUCUUCUUUUACCGGGUUAACCCGAACGCAAAGGUGAUCAACCGGUGCCAUUUCCGGUCGAAUUUGGGUUAUAUCAAUCUUAAUAUUGAGAUAACUCCAGCGCUGGGAAGACGGUGUCCCGGCUAUAGAUGCGUUUUAGCGAUCAGACGUGAAGGUCUGUUGAUGAAAGAUACUAAUGAACUUUUUCCUUGGACUCCUUGGCCUCGUCACCACGUUCAACCAAAGUUGCCUGGGAUCACAAAUUAA